AUGGACGAUCACUCCUUCUUGUUCAAAUUUGUUCCAACAGAGGACAAAUACAUCAGCCUCCUGACUGGAGUCGUGGCAUCUGUCGUCAAGGCCUCGGUCAACUAUCAAAAGAUUGCCGAAGGAUUUUCACUUGCACUGGUGGAAAUGAGCGAGAACCUGAGAUUUGUGCAAAAGAAAACCAAGGUGGCAAACACAAGAGAGAUGCAAAGGCUUGUGGUGGCACUGUACGUCCAAGUCUUCAAAUUCCUCUGCCAUGCCAUGUCCUUUUUCCACAAACGGCACAAAAGAUUUCUGGCCUCAUUCAACAAAGGAUUCUACGACAAGACGGUCAAAGCAAUGGUCGACGGUAUCCAAAAGACUAUCGGUGAUAUCCGCAACGAAGCACAACACACCACUGAGCUCCGCAUCGAGUACAUGCACCAAAGGUUCAAUGACAUGGAGCCAGUUUUGGUCACGCUGCAACGACUUGGAAUCCAGGCUCACGCGGACAGCCAACAGCAGGUCAAUGCGAAACUUGCUGCAGCCGCACUUGGGUUUCAGAGAUUGGGCGAAAAUGCUGUACAGCAGCUCGAAGGGCUAGAGAAUCAAGCCACGCACGACAUCGCUGCGCAGCCUCCACAGAGAACUUCGAAUAUCCUGCCCAUCUCGUCUGCCGAAGAGUCAGCAAACAAGCCAGAAAUGCCCACAUACAAGCCCACGGCGAAACUAUCCAAUGGAGGAGAAUCGGCGAAUCCUACACAGGAGACCAUCCCCGAUUGCCAGCGAAUCCAACAAUACGCCGAAGCUCUCAGAAUCUACAUUGAGAGUGACGCAGAGCUCCACAUAGAUGAGUUCCGCAGACAGCAGACCAUGAUCCCCGAGGAGGUGUAUACCGCACUCAGGAGAUGGAUCUUCAACACUGAGUCUCGGAUGAUGUGGAUCGAAGGCCCCUCUUUGCCUGGCGUUUCCACACUCUCCAAGAUAGCAGUGACAGCCGUCAAUCAAGUCAUGAACGCCCAACUUCCUUGCAUUGCGCACUUCUGCAAAUCCCGAUACAGCUUCGCCAGGAGUGACAGCAGAUCCGGAUUGAACCACAGUGGCGCGGCAGUUAUAUCCCUCUUCUACUCCAUCAUUCGCCAACUCACCUACCUGCUUUCAACACAGGGGCCCAUAACUGGCAUAAGCCUCGACUACCGCGAGUUCGAAAAGCUCGACGGAAAACUGCACAGCCUCCCCACUGCGUUGAGCAUCAUGAGGGCGCUCCUCGAACACGCACCGCCCACCAUCACAUGGGUCAUCGACGGGCUUCAGUAUGCAAGGGACCAGGUUAGCAACGGAUACCUUUGGGAUUUCACCCAGCUCUUGCGUGAGCAGAAAACGAAACGUUUAUGCAAGGUCCUUUUCACAACUAGUGGACGGAGUCAAGUGCUAGAUCGAUGCACAACAGUGCAAGAGAGGGCUGACGCGUCCAGGCUGGUGCAGGCAAGGGGAGGAAGAGCAUACCCUGGUGGAAUGCCCCUGUAG